UUAAUGUUAUGAAAUUGAAGGGAGUAUUGUCAAAAUUGUGGUCCGAGAAUAACGAGCAAAUAAAAUACUUUUGUAUUAAAUUAUGCAGGAUAAUUUGAGAUUCAAUCUGGACUUAUUUAAUUCUCAAGAAUAUAAAAAACAGUAUUUAUGAAAGAACUUUUCUGUUAUAGACAAUCAUAAACUGAGAUAUAAUUAAUACAUGUGUCGUGCCAGUGAAUUUGAUAAAAAUUUUAAAGUUACUUGUUGAUUUAUAUUUUACUACGAAUUGAUCGAGAUGUCUGAUACGCUUCAAGACGGAGAAUCUUCAACACGAAGUAAUUCUCUUAAGAUAUCCUUACCCACUGUGCUUUACACGGACACUGCUGAUACUGAAACACCUCAAACCAACUUCAAAGAAUCAAAGCACUCUCUACCAUCUAGUUUCGGAGCAUCAACAUUACUCCUGUCAUCUCCCGUGUCCCUGCCCACAUCACCGACGCCAUUCACUAAAACUCCUCUCCAGAGCCGAUCUAACAGAUCUCUUGACGAACCAACCGAUUCUAAGCACCAACAAAAUACCCCGAACAAACCUCUCAUCAAUACGGGAUCUUCUACUGGCAACCCUCGCAACAAAUGUGUUCUUCAACCAGGUCACAGUCUCAUGGACUGGAUCAGGCUGGGAAAUUCGGGGAAAGACUUGAACGGAAUCGGCGGCCGCAUCAGACCCGUUACACCCACGGAACUGGCAACACACAAUACACAGGAGGACGCGUGGCUCGCAAUUAGGGGACGAGUUUAUAAUAUAACGUAUUAUUUACCCUACCAUCCCGGAGGUCCUGAAGAAUUAAUGCGUGGCGCUGGUAUUGAUGCAACGGAACUCUUUGAUAAAGUUCACCCAUGGGUCAACUACGAUUCGCUCUUAGCAAAGUGCUUAGUGGGACCGCUUCGUACCGACAGACCUGAUGCUGAGGAACUUUUUGACAUCGCAAAUGCAUCUCCAAAAUCUGACCGUCUUAGAGAACCGUCAAAAGCUCAAGAACUCGUUAGAAAAUCAAUGGAAAAUUUAGCAAACUGUAUAACACCUGUAAGGAAAAAGAUUACCACUAAAAGCGAAGACAACGUUAAAGGAAGUCCUCCAAGCAAAAUCAUGCAAAGUCUAAUACAGUCAAGUGAUCUCCCAGUAUCAAUAAGCCGUAGAGCUGCGUCGAGUCCAAUUAAGUCUGACAAAGCACAAGGGUCACCGCCUCCUCUGCGUUUCGACUGGAUACAAACAUCAAUGAAACUUACUAUCUCAAUAUAUACUGGCCUUUUAGCUAAUCCAGGUGGAUGUGCAAAGAUAACAGACGGUCGAUUACACGUGGAAGUAGCUACUGACGGAUGGCUUAGAACGGUGCAAUUAAUACCAGAUGAACAAAUCAAAGACCCUUUGCAAAUGAGGGUUUUUUCUGAGAGCGGAAAAAUUGAGGUAAUGGCGUCUAAAGUGGAACACAAGGUUUGGAAGAAUGUGGGUGUGAUGUCAUUCGGUGCGGCCACUCAGAUAUCGUCUCCGCGGACAUUGGACUGUCGGGUGAUGCAUGUGGAGCGAGUCUCCCAUGACACUACUUUACUUGCUUUGUCACCUGUGUCUGGGCCGGUAAUUGUACCACUAGGGCACCAUAUUAGAGUUCACCAUAAAAUAAACGAUAAGGAAUGUAUACGUUCGUACACCCCCGUGGGAGACGGGUGGGACAAUUUUGGCGGUGACCUGAGCGCAUUGAAAUUGGCGAUUAAGAGAUAUGAUACGGGGGAUCUAUCACCGUAUCUCACGUCCUUGAAGUUGGGCGAUCUCGUCACGCUUUCAGGACCGUAUGGAAAUUUUCAAUUACAGAAGCUAAAACAAGUAAAAGUAAUGUAUUUGAUAGCCGCAGGCAGUGGGAUAACGCCAAUGUUGGGCUUAUUGAGAUUUAUGCUGGCGCGAUCUAACCUCAAAUGCAAACGAGUCCACUUGAUUUUCUUCAACAAAACAGAAGAAGACAUACUUUUCAAAGAAAAAAUCAAUGAAAUAAUAAAACAAGACGACAGAUUAAAUGUCAUUCACGUCUUAUCAAACGCCAGCUCGUCUUGGACGGGACUUAAGGGCCGGAUUAGCAGCGAGAUCCUUUCUCUAGUUAUAGAUAAAGAGCUUUACACACAGGAGCAACAUUUCGCAUGCCUAUGUGGCAAAACCGAGUUUACGCAAGCCGGUCUAGAGAUUUUAAAGAGGUUGGGUGUGAAAGAGAACGAUGUACAUGCGUUUAUUGGAUAAUGCAUGUGAUUUAUUACGUACAAACAUUUACAGUUUAUAGUGAAUUUUAUAUUUUUUUUAUUUUAAAAAUGUUUUUUUUUUAAUAUUUUCUAUAACUCAAUAACAUAACAAUAAGCAGUGAUUGAAAAUUAAUAAUCGCGUUAUUUACCAAAGAGGAUUUAUAAAAAGGUAAAAAAUGUUCAUAAUUGUUUUGCGCACAGACUGAAAAUGAUUUUAUAUUCAAAAAAUGAUGCGACUGUUGGUUCAUAUAGUAAAAAAAUUCGCUGCUUUUCUCUAGAAUUUGAAAAUAUUUAUAUUACAAACAACCAUAUUGUAAACAAGUUAUAUUCAGUUGAAAAUAUGAUAAUAUAUAUAAACCUAUAAUUGUACACUUACACAUAUGUAUAUACCUGUAUAGUGUUAGCGGUAAAAAGUAAAUCUCGUCCCAGGAGUGAGAAGGUUAAUGGGUAGUUCUGUUAAUGUUACCAUCAACUGUUUUAAUUGUCCACUUAGUGUAUGAAUAAUUUACCUAUACAUACAUUUAAUUGUAUAAAUAUAGCAAUAAAUAAUGCAUCACCGGUAAAAGAGGGUUUGCGAUUGCACAAUUUUAUUCAGUCAUUAGAGUAUUGUCCGAUAUAUAAUGAAAUAAUAUGAAAUAAACAUAAUUAAAGUGUGAUAUAAUAAUUAAUAUAAAAAUAGUUUUUAUUUAAUAGAAAUAGUGUGGUGUAUUUGUUUCAUAUUCAUAGAUUUAUAAUGACAGUGAUAGAAAAAUAUUGUUCACCUAUAAAAUUACCGUUCUAUUACGUCCACGCAUUUUAUCUAAAUAGAAUUAAUACAUUAUGUAAUAGAAAAAAGUUUUAAUAAUUAAACAAUUCAUAAAGGUUAUAUAUAAAAAAAAAUAUUACAUUUACUAUUUUUGUAACAAUUCUAAAAUUCCUAUAGGAAAAUUUUAAGAACUCUUAUUAAUACGUAAUUGGAAAAUCAUUUCAGAUGUAUCAUGUUCUUAUCCGAGAUUGUGAUUUUUAAUAUUGUAUAUUAAAAAAAUAGAAAUACGAUAAGUAUGCUUAAUAAAAGUUUGUAUAGUUUGUAUAGAAACGUUUUUUUUUUUAAUUUUAAUCUAUGAUUGUAAAAUCAAUGAGACUUAAGCGUUUGGUGUUUAGACUGACGAUGUAAAGAGGUACUACGAAUACAAAUUUUUUAAUACUAUUUAGCAUUGUCAAUCUAAACACGAUUGAUUAAAUAAACCUUUAUCAAUAUCUUUCAAGUUGUAGCAAUUUUAAUUCUUGUUAGAUUUGUUUUUUUUUUUUAAUUUAAUUCAUUUACUAAGUACCUAGGAUAAGUAAUUUAAUUCCAGGCCUUAAAAUAAAAUCGUCAGUUAAAUAAAUAACACUAUAUUAGAAUAUUCUCUGUAAAUUAUUAAAGUGCCUACAUUCCAGGUGAAAUGCUAAAGUUCAGAAUUGAGUUGAGAAUUUUAAUAAAUUAUUACGUAUAAUAAA